GAAGUGAUCCAAUUUAUUUAAAGAAAAAAAAUGAGUGUAGAAAUUUAACAAUUUCCUUUUGAUGAGGUACAGUAAAGUUUUACCAUCCUAUUCCAAGGUGCACUAGAACUCCCAAACCAGUGUGGAUAAGAAAGAAAGCUCAAAGCUCCCUCUCCUCCUCCUCCUCCACGUCCACCUUGGCUACAACCAGUGUGGAUAAUGGCCACCGUUUCGCUACCCUCCCUACGACCUCGCACCCACCACGCCUUUUCCCUCCGCCACUCCUCCUCCUCCUUCGUCACCACCAAACCCCAGCCAAGACCCACAAAAUUCCCCCCAAUCCGCAUGUCAAUGGAGGCCGGGAUCGGCGUGAUGGGCACCAAGCUCGGCAUGAUGACCUACUUCGAGCCCAAUGGCGUCGUCGUGCCCGUGACCGUGGUGGGUUUCCGCGAGGGAAACAUCGUGACCCAGGUCAAGACCGAGGCCACCGACGGCUACAACGCGGUCCAGCUCGGCUACAGGAGGGUCCGGGACAGGAAGCUGACCAAGCCCGAGAUGGGUCACCUCAAGAAAUCGGGCGUCAUCCCGCUGCGCCACUUGCAGGAGUUUAGGCUUCUGGAGGUUGGUGGGUUUGAGCCCAACCAGAGGCUGGCUGUGGAGGAGGUGUUUAAAGAAGGGGAUUUGGUUGAUGUUUCUGGUACCACCAUUGGGAAAGGGUUUCAAGGUGGUAUCAAAAGACAUCAUUUCAGGAGAGGCCCUAUGACUCAUGGAUCUCAUAGUCAUAGAGAGCCUGGAUCAAUUGGUGCUGGGACAACGCCUGGACGUGUUUUUCCAGGUAAAAAGAUGCCUGGGAGAAUGGGAGGAACCAAAAGAAAGAUCAGAAAGCUAAGAAUUGUCAAAAUCGAUCCAGAACUUCGAAUUGUGAUGAUCAAAGGGGCCGUCCCCGGUAAGCCAGGAAAUCUUCUCCGUAUAGCACCAGCAAAGAUUGUUGGGGAAAACAUUCCUAAAAAUUAGUUUGUGUUGUAUGUCUCUCUCUUUUGCGCUGUCAAUGUCAACUUGUUUAAGUAACAGUGUCGCUAUUUUGAUCUACAUAACUAUUGAAGUUUGCACAAAUGCUUAUCUGAUACUUUUUUCCUGAUUGUACUUUCUUGAAGGAUUCGAGAUAAAUCACAGAUGAAUUUCUAAGUCAA